AUGUCCCAGCCGGCAACCAAGUCAACUAAUGCAGUGUAUACUGUAUAGUAAAGAAUGAAUGAAGACUUGGCUUAUAUUAUCAACUGUUUUAGCACUUAAAUGUAUUAGUUAUUUAUUCAUGAUGGCCUUAGUUUACAAAUUUCUUAUCUUUUUGUUUUCUCAACUUAUGCUACUUGGUAAUGGGUACCAAGAAGAUUGUCCAGCUUCAUUUAUUUGUGGAUACCUUGGCAAUAUCAGCUUUCCUUUUACUACAAUACAACACCAGGAUUGUGGCUUAUUACCAAUACAUAAUUGUUAUGAUCCUAAGAAGCCCAAAAUGAUCCAAUUUCUGGAUAAGGGGAAAUGGUUUGAGGUUGGAAUUGUAAAUCCUCUUGAGUUUCGCGGUGGUAAUGCUACUAGUACUUGUGUUUUCAGAGACGGUAAUCUCUACAAACAGCUGCAUGACAAAAAUUGUGAAGCUUUCAAACAUAAUUAUACUCUUCCUCCUACCUCUCACUUUGUUUCUUUUCAUAUGGAAUUUCAUACAACCUUGUUCAUGUGCAACCGUUCCCUGCGUAUAAACCCUCCAAAAUCUAUGUAUAAGUAUACACACUGCCCUCUCUAUGAUUUCUACUACCAGCCUUACAAUAGUGGUGAUAUUGCAUCUCGGAGUGCUUUUACAGCUUGUACAAAGGCCCUGCUUCCGGCUAAAGACUUUGCUGACACCGACAACCCUUUUACUUUUGUAACAGCUGAUAUUUAUACUCAAGUAAACAUAACAGAGGAGUGUGCAAAUUGUCACUACAACCAAAAUGGACGGUGUCAAGUUGACAGCAAAGGAAGGUUUUAUUGUGCCAACGGUAUUCUAACAAACACCCUGAAAUCACACCGCACACAUAAAUGCAUUGCACCCUAUUUUCCCUACACAACUUUAUUUUCAUCUGUCAAAUCUGAAUUGUUUACUCUAUUUGCAGUUAUGGAUGCAAAGCAAAAAGGGCCGCAGUGGAUUGUUAAACUGGGUAUAGCAAUUGGAGUUGCAGUGCUGAUUAUUGGAGUUGCAGUGCUGAUGUUGUUGGCUUAUUGUUUAAGGACAAAGAUCUUCACUACAACAAUUCUUUUGUUCAAGAGAAAAAAUUCAACUAAUCAUAUUAUUGAGGAGUUUUUGAAAGAACAUGGACCUCUUCCAGCUGCUAGGUAUAAUUAUUCAGAUAUCAAGAAAAUAACAAACUCUUUCAAAAACAAAUUAGGCCAAGGAGGAUAUGGAAGUGUAUACAAAGGGAAGUUACAUGAUGAGCGCAAUGUUGCAGUGAAGAUUUUAAGUGAAUCAAAAGGUGAAGGUGAAGAUUUCAUUAACGAAGUUGCAAGUAUUAGUAGAACAUCACAUGUCAAUGUUGUUAGACUUUUGGGGUUCUGUUUGGAUGGUUCUAAAAAAGCGCUAAUAUACGAAUUCAUGCCUAAUGGAUCUCUUGAAAAGUUCAUAUAUGAAGACAAAAAUCCAGUGCAGGAUGAUCAUCAGUUGGAUUGCAACACUUUGUAUCAUAUUGUAGUUGGCGUUGCUCGCGGAUUAGAGUACUUGCACCGAGGUUGCAACACAAGAAUCUUGCAUUUUGACAUAAAGCCUCAUAAUAUAUUGCUAGAUGAUGAAUUUUGUCCUAAAAUUUCAGAUUUUGGACUUGCUAAAAUAUGUCCAAAAAAAGAAAGCAUUGUAUCAAUAAUUGGUGCAAGGGGAACACCGGGAUAUAUUGCUCCAGAGUUGUUUUCCAGAAAUUUUGGUGGCGUGUCACAUAAGUCAGACGUCUACAGUUAUGGAAUGAUGGUUUUAGAGAUGGUUGGUCGAAGAAAGAAUAUUAAGGUUGAAGUUGAUUGUUCUAGCGAGCUAUACUUUCCACAUUGGAUUUACAAGCGUCUUGAAUUGAAUCAGGAUCUUGGACUUGGGUGUAUUAAAAAUGAGAUUGAUGAAGAAAUGGUAAGAAAAAUGACAGUGGUGAGUUUAUGGUGCAUACAAACGAACCCUUUGAAUCGACCAUCAAUGCAUAAAGUGGUGGAAAUGUUGGAAGGGAACCUUCAAGUGCUUGAUAUACCACCCAAACCCUUUUUGUCUUCUCCUUCAACAUCUCCAACCCAUUUAUCAUCUGAAAUAUUGUAAUUUUUGUGGGUAUUAAGAUGCAAUGCACAGUAUGUAACACUAAAAAAGAAUGUCAUGAUAAUUCACAUAUCAAUAAAAUAUUAUCUAAUGUGUUGAUUUUCUAGUUCUGCAACUUAUAGUUUAUG